AUGGAAACGAACGACGACAGCACGUUGCUGAUAUUGGCUCGACGCGGGAGACUGGAAGAUGACAAGGAUGUAACGGAAGAAUCGUAUGCAGCUGCUGAGGACCACUACAAUGCUGAGACUGGUACUGGGAGUAGAACUUGGAGUGACGACGAGUUGACAGCUCAGGACGUGAUAUUCUUCGCAGCAGGUUUUGAUACCACAUCGACGCUUCUCAGCUUUACACUGAUGGAACUUGCCCUGCACCCGGAGAUUCAGGAGCGGUUAUUCGAGGAAAUCAAUACGUUAGAUCGUCCUUACUCAGAAAUUACUUACGAACAAAUUCAAAGCCUUGAAUACCUGGAUGCAGUGAUAUCGGAAUCACUGAGGAAGUGGCCUCCUCUGCCCGCAACGGAUCGGAAAUGCACGAAAGACUACACCAUGACCAAUCCAGAUGACGGCAGUCCCAUGUUUUCCAUAGAGCAAAACUACUCAGUGUGGGUUCCAAUCUAUUGCUUUCACCAUGAACAUCACACUCAUCGCGAAUCUGCUGGGAAGUUCAUCUGCUCAGUGGAAAUCAUGUUCUCUCGUGACUCUGUGGAUGUUCGCUGUUGA